GUUUCUCAAAGAUAUUUGUUUGUCGAUCGUCUCAGUGGGUUGUGUACUGUGUUUGCCUCGGAAGCCAGCUAGCUGAUAGAAAGUAUCUCAAUAUAAAUUAGGGUUUUGAUUAAGGAAAUAAAAAUUUAACUGUGCAAUACAGGAUCUACCUAGGACUGUCGAAGCUUUAAGGUGGCUAUUGCAAAGGCAAAGUUUGGACGUACCUUUUUUGGACACAGAGCUGAUUUGUGAUUCUGAAUAGCAGUGCUUCAGGUAUGCUCAAGUGCCUUGAUCCCGCUCCCAUUGAGUGACUUGACAGAACUCCGUAGAGGAUUUCGAAAGGGUUCUCAAAAUCAACUGAGUGGCUUGGGUUCCUAAGGUGUUUCGUUAUGGAGCUGAAGAUCCCUUUGUUAUCCAUGCUGUAUAGUUUUAGAGCACAUUUUACAGGCGGCCGAUAUACUCAGCUGCACAUGGAAAAUUAAGCUGACCCAAUGGGUUAGAUUAAUUAAUGAGAUCUCCAGGUAAAGAAAGAUAGACGGUGUGGCAACGGGUUCUUCACUAGAACCCCUCUUAACUGACUGCUUUGUGCCAGGCUUAGAAAUCACUAACUUAUCGACAUUAAUUAAUCAGUUUUACAUCUACAAAAAGUACAUUAAUCAUACCAUCGUAGAUUUUAAUGAAAAUAUAAAUCUUGCAAACCUGCUUCAUACUUUCAACAACGCUGACAACUAAAUCAAACUCACUAUGAAAUAUAAAUCAAGUGUAUUAAUGGUUGCUGAACUAUGCACUUCAUGUAAGCAACGAGUUUUCUCUUCUCAAUAGGAGUGCAAUCAAAACCGAUAUAAAGCUUUUGUUACCAUAUGAAGUAUUGAGUGAGCAAGCUGCGGGUGUCCUCUACUCCAAUAUGAUCGAAUUCUAACUCUGAAGAAUUAUGCAAUCACGUUUUAUUCAAUUAUGAAAUUCUACUGUUAGAGUAUUUUGUAGAAUAGAUCUACUCAAAACGACAGACUCAGUGAUAACAAGUUGUGUAGUGAAUAAUAAUUUUUGUAAAACUGACAGCUCAUUCAUCACAGUAUAGAUAACCUUUGAUGUACUGUUAUCUACAUAAUACGUGAUUGCAACAAUUUUCCAAACACUUUAUUUAUAUUGAAUACACUGUAAAUUUGUAGCAUUUUACAAUGUGUAAUUAACUGUGUUUACUUUUCAGUUGCGUCAUUCGGAAAUUCUACAUAUGUGAGGGUUAAAAUUAAAGAAUUUUCAAAAUUGUCCAAGAAAGCGUUUGAUGAAGUUGAUGCACAGAUGGGUGCUGAAUGUGAAACAAUUGAUAAAUUCUUGCGAUGCCAAAAGAACAAUUAUGCAGAUUAUUACAUUAGGAAAAUGUAUCAAGACAUUGUGACUACAGUCGAACCAAUGAUUGGGCAGUUAGAUAUUGAGAAGCUGAAUACUUUGAUCGACAAUGACUCAAAUUUUAAAGUUGAAUACCUUAAAAAUUCAAGUAAGUGCUUUGAGAUAGAAAGACAAUUUACUGAACACAUGUUGUUAUCUCAUACUCUUGUUAUGAUCUGACAUUCAACGAUUCCGAAAAUAAGUAAAUAAGUAAGAAUGACUUUGCCAACUUACAUCCCAUGGGACAAGGUGUUCGGGAAAUCUGUCUAUACAAGAAUAAGAUCAUCUUGGUUACAUAACUGCAAUUCCUUAACCUUUUAUUCCGGGGUAUUUUGAUGGUUAUGGUCAAGAAGAAUGAAUGUAAUAUGAGAAUUAAGAAGUUUGAAUACAGACAUCUAUACUGGAUUUCCACACAUUUUAGGAUGAAAUGUAAGCAAAGAAGUUGUGGAAACAGUUAUGUAACUAUCAUUUUACUGGUGAUAAGGGAUGUAUGGGUGCUCGAAUUGGAUCAUCCAAAACGAGUUCCCCACACCUAAUAUUGACUGUUGUUUCAUCUUCAACAGAUGUUUUCAUAACUCUCAUCAAAUGGAGAAGGUGAAGAAUUAUCACAGGAUAAAUAUUCGUUAAUAAGUGUAUCAAGAAAAUGAAAUCGCUACCAAAUAAUUUGCGAUUAUUUGGCUUUCAUCCAUUUUUAGGAAAAUGAGGUUUCUCUGUAGAUGAGAUUCUGUCAAUCAUCUGUAAUUCCAUAUUGUACACAAAAACUGAAGUUCUGCUGCUGGCGUAAUUACCUACAGAUAAUCAUUUCCCAACGGAUAGUGUAAGAGACAAAAUUCUCCACACACUUGAAGAUAGCUGUAGUAAGAAAUGCCCCUGUUAUGUGUUGCUGUUCUCACUCUGAUAGUUCUCGAUUUCAUAGUCCUUUUCCGAUUAAAAGUUAGUAUUAAAACUACAGAAACAUUGACUAAUCUGUAAAAUUUUAAAUUUCAGUACUAAGUUCUUUGUAUGCUCAAGCCGCUUUGGAUAUGAAGGUUAGCUUAUGAUUUGAGCAAAAUUUUUCUUCGCAGCCGUUAAAGUUUUUGAUUACACCUUAAAGAUUUGAGUACCCGUUAACUAACCGUCAUGCAGUUAGUAUUAUGCUGUGAGGAUGAUCAGCAAGAAAUAUUCGCUUGAUACCUUCAUUUCGACUGCGAAAAAAGAGAUCAGUUGAAAAACGGAACUUGGUUACAACAAUCAGAACUUUCACUCACUGUCAGUUAACGGGACAUUGGUGAAAGUUGUCGUACUGUUUUAUAAUUACGCGAAAGACAAUGUCGGUACCAGUGUAUCAUAUUUAUUUAGAAUUCAUAGUGAUUUGGACUUUGAAAUUCUAGAUGAUGAAACAAAAGUACUUAUUCAUUUGAUAAAAUAGGCAUGGUAAAAAAGAUUUUUCCGAAAAUCUAAUAUAUCUAAACGAUGUGGCAGACUAAGAUUUCUACAAAACAUCCCACUUACUUAUACAAGUACUAGGACGACAGCGAAAAAUAGAGUGAUGAUUUGUUUGCUUAUCUACACAUCUACAGUAGAUUACUAGAAAGUUUCAAACUUUCAUCUGUGAGGUGAGAGCAUUGUAAGUGCCCAGUGUUUGUUUGCACCCUUGAUUUACCUGAUAUUGAUAGUACUGUUGGUCCUCCUCUAGAGUGAAAGUCAUUCAUGCAGUUCUUAAAUAGUGAUAGUCUAAGUUGUGUUCUACUCGUUGCCAAUGUCGUCACUAGAGUUAUUUAGAUUUUACUCCGUCCAGUCGUUGUCUUUGUACUGAAUAUUCACAAACAGGCUGCAUAGAAGGCAAUCGCAGGUCUAAGUACAAAAUUUCACAACAACAGAUACUCUGUAACAAGUUUGAGUUUGGGCUCUCAGUGCUGAGUUCGACUGAAAACAUGGGGGAAUUAAAACGGCGUUUAGUAGAAUAUAUUUCCCUAUAAGUGUGACUGGAUAAUAAACCCUUCUGCAAUCAGACGUGGUGUCAGACAGUCGAUUAAUCAAAGAAAAAACAUGAUACUGUAUUGGUGAACCUGCAAUCCACUUAACCCAAUAGAAACAGAAAAUGAAUCAUGGGAUUCGGUCAGCAACUAUAAGUGGAUAAAAUGGAACUCAUUGGUCUUUAAUAAUCAUUCAAUGCAUACCAUUCAGUUCUACAACAUGUCAUAUGCAGUAUGAGUAGCUUCAUGGUCAGACCUCUAGAGAUAAUUCACUUCCGUCUAGGACUCAGAUACACCUUGAUAACCAGAACAAAGAAGUAUGGAACCAAGGUCAACCAAGGCUCCUUGCCAAUUCCUUCCAAGUAGUUGAUGAAAACAGCAUGUGGUACACAAAUUGCAAGUCAGUUUAAUAUGCGUCACUGUAUAUUUAAGGCUUAAAGUCGAUUUUUUAUGGAUAGUUGGAGGCAGUGGGCUAGAAUUGUCACAUAUGUCUUAAGCUUACUGGGACUCUUAGGUAGCGUAUAUUUACAUCACUGAGGAAACCGAUGUCGUAUGACAGAUUCACACUUGCAUCACUCAUUGUUAGUGUCAGAAAACUUUGGGUUGAGAAAUGUUCACGCUUUAGAUGGACCACUUGAAACUUUGUGAUGUUCAGUGCUCUCACUUCAAUCUUACGAAAAUGCGUUCAUCGUCCUAAUACCUCGGCAACAAAGUUUUCUACUUCAGAACUGUAUUUGAACGUUAUUAUCCCACAACAGGCAGCUUUUACUCUUGCGGUGAAAAUAUAUGGUGAGAACUAAACUUUCGUCUAAGGUCUCCCCAAAACACAAUAUAACUCACUUUGUUUGAUCUUGAGGUACAUAGUUGUAAUCAUAUCAAUAAAUGAUUCUUAUAGCUGUUUUCCUUAACUAAGGGCUAAACGUUUCAUGGCUAGAUCAACAAAAAAUGCUUCGGAAUUUCGACAGACUUUUGGUAGUAUGAAGGUAUGAGAAAGGCAAGUAUUAAUUUGCUUACGGAGUGAUAACUUUAAAACUCAAAAAAUUUGUCAACUAUAUCUUGUUGGUGAGACAUUUGCUCAAAUCUAUAGCAAAGUGGUGGGCAUUUAGAGCUUAUUUGUCUUCGAUACUGUUCAAAUGCAAAACUGUUGCAGUGAUGUUAUGCACAUCACCUUGUUAAGUAAACUGAUGUGACAACAUUCCAAGUAUCGAAAGCAUAACUAUAUUGUGGCUGUAGGUCUUGGCUACACUGAGAGUGUUUAUUGAAAUACAUAUCUGAGAUAACUGAAUAAAAUUCGCUGUUCUAAAUGAAAAGGUUCAUUUCAGAAGAUAAUCGUUUAAAUUGCUCAUUUCAGCUAGUUGUUGUAUACAGUGCUUCAUCGUCCUCUUCAACAUCGGUAUAUGUGCAAUUAUGUUGAAACACUGUACAAGCAGUUUUUGAUAUUAAAAUUGUGGGAUUACUCACUUCUUUCAUGCAAUGAAACCAAGAGAGUUUUUAAUCAUGGUUUGCGUCUGAUACAAAAUUUGAACCAUAUCUAUAUGUUUCUAUGAAUAUUGCAAAAUCACAUUCUCAGGCAUUUACUGAACAUACAGCAAGAGUGCAAUUUUCUAGUAUAUGCUUUGAUCUAACAGAACAAUCGGCUUACCUAAGCAUCUCUUCAUUUUUUCUCAAACUUUUUAUCUGCCGGUAAAAAUAUAACAUUCUCAAUUUUACAUUCAUUUCCAGAAAGCGUCGCCGACACGGAGGAUAAGAAAAUCAGAAAAGGGGAAGAGUCCUCAUAGAAAAGCAAGAUUUGAAUGAUGAAAGUGAAAUAAUCCUUCUUUGUUUAAUUUAAUAAUAUUAUUACGAUAAAGUGUUUUCAUAUGGUUUUAAAACAAAAAUCUUUAUGCUAAUUUUCAGUAAAUAAUAUAGUGUCAUUUUCUGUAGCC